GACACGCGUGGACACGAAUUGACCCGGAAGUAAAUAUUUCUUUCUCGGCCACACGUGUGUAAGUCCUGUACGACCCAACAUGGGGAAAUCGAAACAAGUGGGAAACCACAAGAAUGACAAGAGAAAGAACAUUGCAAAGACGUGGAAGACAAAGCGCAGGACGAAAGAUUUGGACCAGAUUCACGCAGACAUGAAGCCAGAAGUCGCUGCUAAGCUGCUGCAUCAGGAGGUGGAUUAUGAUGUGACAGGAUGUGCUCAAAACUACUGUUUACACUGCGCGAGAUAUUUUGUGGACAUGAAAUCCCUGAAAGACCAUUUCAAAACUAAAGUGCACAAAAAACGUUUGAAACAGCUCAGAGAGGAACCGUACACCCAGGCAGAGGCAGAGAGAGCAGCGGGCAUGGGCUCCUACAUCCCUCCAAAAGUUGUUGUAGUCCAGACACAGCCUAUAGAAGAAGACAUGAACUGAGAGCUGCCCGAUUUAACCCACACAUAAACUGAUUAACCUAGUAAUAGAAGCAUGGUUAUGCAUAAUGCCCGUUAUCUCUUGCUGUCACAGACUUCAGAUGCAUUGUUGAACGUCGUUGUGACAAAUAAUGUGUAAUAAUGUAUUUUUCAGCCAUUUGUAAUGGAAAUGACUGGGAUAAAAACGUCUUACCUUAUUCUGGGUAAUGUACUACAUCUUGUACUUAGUAGUAUAUACACAGUAUGACUGUGAGGAAUAAUAAACUUAAAUGGAAUAAUGAUGAUGUUUAAAUGAGACAGAGAGAGAUUAAAUAUAAUCCUAUCACAUAAA